UUUUAUUUCGUCAAAGACAUGAGUGGAUCCGAUAUUCGUGACAUUUUAGAACUUGGAAAGCGUAGCGAUGUACCACAACAACGGAAAACGAAACCAGCAAUUGAAAAAAGACCGGAGGGAUUUAAUAGAGAAAUAUUCUCAUUGACGGGAGGAAUUACACCAGAAGCUUUUUCUCAGCCAACAUAUAAAGCCAAGUUUAACCUAAAAAAGAAAGCAACACCAUGGGUAUUACAAUCAUUCCAAAAUCCAGCAAGAACAGAUGAAUUAGAACUACAGCAUUGGAUCAAGGGAAGUGAAGCUAAUCGAAAAGGCUAUCCUUUUGCAAGAUUUGAUAAACAAGCAGGUAUCUUACAAUAUACUGAUAAGGAUUAUGACAAACAUCUCAAAGAUCCAACGUGGACAAAAGAUGAAACAGAUUAUUUAAUGGAUCUUUGCAAACGAUAUGAACUUCGAUUUCCUGUGAUAGCCGAUCGAUACCAAUAUGAUCCUCACCGAUUACGAUCCAUUGAUGAUAUUAAAGAACGAUAUUAUGGUAUACAACAUACAUUACACAAAAUUCAGGGCAAACCAGUACCACCAGUAUUUGAUAAGACGAAAGAAUUGGAAAGAAAACAUGCUCUAGGGGUAUUAUUUCAUCGUAGCAAAGAAAGUCAAGAAGAGGAGGCUGAAUUAUUGGUACAAGUCAAUCGAAUUGAACAGAAUCAAAAUCAAUUAGCCAAGGAACGCGAAAAUCUACAAGAAUUAUUACAACAACAUCAUUUAUCGACUAUACCCAGCAAUAAGAAAGCUAGCAAUAAUGUAGAUUUCAGUAAAGAAAAGAAGCGAAAAAGGAAAGCAACAAGUGAUAACAAGGAUAUCAAUAUGGAUGAAAUAGAAGCAGAAAAAAUAGGAAAAAUGUCAUCUGGUGUCUAUGUACGAAGUCAAAAGCUACCCAUUCUUAAAUCAAGUCUCCAACCGAAAGUAUCAAAGGUGUUAAAUGAACUUUCCAUAGGUACUAGACCCGUGAUGCCAACAGCACUAGUUUGUGAUAGAUUUGAAAAAUUGGAGAAUUCAAUAGUGACCUUAUUUGAACUCAAGAAAGUGGUAGACAAGAUGGAAAUAGAACAUAGGAUUACAAAGGAACAAGUCUAGCAUAAUGAAUAUAGUUAGAUGAUACGUAUGUGUUACCAUCAAUGUUUAUUAGCAAGAAAUAAAGGAUUGAUGUCUGUGUUGUUA